AUAUUUAGAAUUUUCGCUUUGUUAAUAUGUAAAACUUAAAAAGAAUACCUUCCAUACGAUUUAAUAUGUACAAUUUAACCCCACAACAUUUUUCCGGUCAGUUUUGCACUUUUAUUCACCAAUCGAAUAUUAGUCCCUCUCUCUCUUACACAUCAUUCCCGUUUCUUCCGUCAAAAUAAUUUUCAAAUAGUUUUUGUUAUCAUGGGUUAUUUUAGAGCUGUCAAAAUGCGAUAAUGGGGAAGUUUAGUGUGUUAAUUGUGUUAUUUUCACACAUUUUUAACUUAAACGUUAUGGAUUAGCUGUUAAAAUAUGGGUGCGAAUAUAUCCCAAUUAGAGAGAGAUAUUGGAUCUGAACAAUUCCCCUCUAACGAACACUACUUUGGAUUAGUAAAUUUUGGAAAUACAUGCUACAGCAAUUCAGUUUUGCAAGCCUUGUAUUUUUGCAAGCCUUUUCGUGACAAGGUGUUAGAGUACAAAGCCAAGAACAAGAGGACUAAAGAGACACUUCUUACAUGUCUGGCAGACCUUUUUUACAGUAUUGCAACGCAGAAAAAGAAAGUAGGAUCUAUUGCACCAAAAAAGUUUAUAGCAAGGCUACGAAAAGAAAAAGAGGAGUUUGAUAAUUAUAUGCAACAAGAUGCACAUGAGUUUCUAAAUUUCUUAAUAAAUCAUAUUAGUGAGAUAAUAUUAGCAGAGAGACAACAAAACUCCACAACUAACAAUGUUAAUAAAUCAAAGACAACUGGUGAGAAUGGAACAACACACACACCUCCUGAACCCACCUGGGUGCACGAAAUUUUCCAGGGCAUUUUGACGAGCGAGACACGUUGUCUAAACUGCGAGAACGUGAGCAGCAAGGACGAGGACUUCAUCGAUCUGCAGGUGGACAUUGAGCAGAACACUUCUAUCACGCACUGCCUGCGCUGUUACAGCAGCACCGAGACUCUGUGCAGCGACAACAAGUUCAAGUGCGACAAUUGUUCGUCCUACCAGGAGGCGCAGAAGCGGAUGCGCGUCAAAAAAUUGCCGGUGAUCCUGGCGCUCCAUUUGAAGCGGUUUAAGUACGUUGAACAGUACAACAGACACAUCAAGGUCUCGCAUCGUGUCGUGUUCCCGCUGGAGUUGAGACUUUUCAACACGUCUGAUGAUGCCGUUAAUCCUGAUAGAUUAUACGACUUAGUAGCUGUUGUGAUACAUUGCGGAAGCGGGCCUAAUAGGGGCCACUAUAUUAGUAUAGUCAAGAGCCAUGGCUUCUGGCUCCUCUUUGAUGACGACCAAGUCGACAAAAUUGACGCUUCUACGAUAGAAGACUUUUACGGCCUCACAUCGGACACGCAGAAGUCGUCCGAGACCGGUUACAUCUUGUUCUACCAGAGCCGUGAGCACUUAUGAGGUGGACCUUUUUCCGCGACUUGCCUUAUUAGAACACUUACCAAACACCUAAACAGAAAAUAACCUACAGACAGAAAACCACUCAUUCACAUUCGCGUGCGCAACGGCCGCCUGCAAUCGAUUCAAGUGGGCGGUUCAUAAAGAGAGAGUCUAGACUGCGCGCCGUGCCGUUUUUAUUUUUCACAUACACACACGUUUCUCCCAAAUAAAGCCUCUCUCGUUCGCGGUUCCGCUAUUGAACCUCGCGACGACGAAUGAACGAAUGAAUGAGCGGCGUCGCGUGCACUGGAUAGAACGUUUUUGUAGUUUCUAGGACCUAGUAAUAUGUGCGAUUUGUUUGUCGUAGUAAUUUGUAAUAUUUACAAACUACAAACAGUAUUACUAGAGUAAUUAAUACAGUUUUCUCAACUGUAAAAUUAUUAUGCAGAACUGACUGAUACGCAUUUUUUUAUUAGAUGACAGAAAAUCGUAAUAUAUACCACCUUAGAUUUAAGUUUAGAAGGAAGCAUUAUUAAGACAUGCCCAAAACAGAUUUACUUGAGCUUAUUUUUACUCUUUCAUUUCUCUUUAUAUUUCUCUUUAUUAACUUUAUUUAAUUAUAUAUUGUUUCUUAAUUUUGAACCGUUAUAUCCAGUGCAUAAAACGUUUGCCUGUUAAAAGCAAUGUGUAUAUAUACUUAAAGAAGCUGAUUUAAUUUAUUAGUUUGUUUUUUCUUGUUACUGUCUGAUUAAGAAGACACCUACGGUUUAUAUAUUAAAUCUGGUUGGUAUUUAUAUACAAGGAACGAUUUUCUAAAUGUAAGUUUUUUUAAAAAACGAUAAGUUUCAAAUUUAAUUUUAUUAUGCUCGAUGUUAAAUUAAUUUUCCGUACUAAACAUUGUAGCUUAAAUACCAAUCAAAUAAUUUUUAAUCGAUUUUUGAUAAAGUUGGAAAACUGAACGUUAUUAAGAAUUCGUUAAUUGCCUAAUUUUUUUUGCGACAUGUCCAUUUCCCCAUAGUGUUCACAUUUAUUUUCAAUUAAUGUCUAAGAUAGUAGCGUUUUAUAAAUUAACAAAUAUUAUUCACUGCUGUUAAAAAUGUAUAUAUAUAUAUAUAUAUAUAUAUAUAUAUAUAUAUAUAUAUAUAUAUAUAUAUAUUUUUCUUAAAUUAAUACAUUGAUACUUGGAAGAAUCUGGAACAAGAGGGAAAUGGACGAAAAUGUGCAAGCAAAAAGUCAAAAGCAAAUACAUAGUGUGUGGCCAUAUCACGAGCCCUUCUGAAUUCGACAUACGAAUGGUGGAACAAAUCGAGUAUCAGAAUUAAUUUAUUUUUAUAUUUAUACAUCCCCAGUUUGAUCUUUGUUGAUUAAUUUAUUGUGAAUCAAAAUUUAGAGGCUGUCAAAUGAAUUUUAGUUUUGGGGUUGUUAUAUUUCUCCAAAAUGUUUUUGACUGCGGUGAAUUUUACUUGUUAUUUCUGUGUUCGUUUACGUUUACUAUUAUGAGUCGUAAACGAAUUGAAGCCCUAAAAUUAGUUGAUUUAAGCGAAAUGAAAUCAUAUAAUUUGAUAUUUCAUUAUGUGUUAAUAAGUAAAAUUCACAGUAUUAAUUAAUGAUGUAUAUGACAUCUUUCUAUAAAUCAUUGUUCAAAAUAAUUAGAGCAUUAUUUAAUAUUACUGCUAAGCAGAUUUUAUUUUGUAAAUAUUCGUUAGAUAUAACAAAAAAAUAAAAUAUU